UAUUACUUCCUUAUAUCCAUGGUGAUCGAGCUAUUUGAUUUUAUGUAACAAUAGGCUAUAACCGGAUAAACAAUGAUUGACAUAUCAUAUGAUAAAAUACUUGUGAAAGGUCUUACAAGUUUAAAGGUUUCUGAGCAAUUCGUAACCGUGAAAAUAAACAGAGAAAAAUACAAUCAGAGUAUAUUCAUGACGUCAUUCAGUGUUUUGCUGUGUUUGUCUUUAGUUUGCGCAACUCAGUCUUACACAGAGGAAUCGAAUGGAUGUAGAUUUCAAAUCGAGGACGAGUCGGCUGAAUAUUUUACGAAAUGGGUCAAAAUACUACAGGGAAUGCUUGCACAUAUAAAAUUCAUAUUUUACCACAAACCGUUCAACGCGACGGACGAGGUCCUGUUUCCAGACAGAUGGAUGUGGACAUUUGUACCUCCUGGAGGAGGAAAGUUUUAUAUUUCAUGGCCUGUAGACUAUUUUGUUUAUUCGUUUGGUCUACUCGACACGCACAGUCUAAAAUAUCCAGUCACCCUCUAUGUUCAAACAGACCCUGAAAACUGCAGCAUUCUUUUCGGUGGUAAUCACACUAUUCAUGAACUAAGCAAUGCUUUGUAUAACAUGUCAGAAUCUUACCUAUUCAAACUCAAUGAUCUUUAUGAGUACAGUUAUUGGUGUUAUAUAACAACAAACUCGAAGUUUAGAGACUCUACGUGGUAUAUGCUUAACCAAUACCUAGGUGUUCCGCUACAGUUGUUUGGGUAUAAAUGUUGCCGUAAUUUCGUGGAGAAAAGGAAAGCGAUUUGCGACAUAAGAAACGAAAAUAUCUGGAAUAUUUAUCAACUCCUGCCAUACUACAUUGGAAUAAUUGUCAUGGCGUAUUUCCCUCUUGUUGUUGUAAAGAUAGGUAAACACGCCAUCGAUUCUGGAGAAGAUUUAGAGAAUUCAGGUACCCAACUGUUGAGUCUAGAUACUAAAGAUACAGAUUUUCUGUUUCUUAAACAAAGGGGACCGAUAUCAAUUUCCAAAUUAUUGUUUGGAUUAUUCGGUCUUGGGGAUAGGCAUCCGCUCCUUGUCUCAAGAAUUAGAAGAACAUUGUUUGUAUUGCUCACUCCGAUCAUUGUGUACGUAUUUCUCCUUAUAUACCAUGGACUUGGACAAGACCUCAUCAAGGAGAUAGUCAAACAUAAAAUACCGUGCGGUUUCAUGUCACUUCUCGGUGGAUUCACAGAAAGCAGGGAUCUGUUCCUGCCAAUGUUUGGUGGUCCAGUAAUAUCCCUUAUCUUAUACAACAUUGUUGGAAUGAUUGUGAUAUUGGUUCCCGUAGAUCUUUCUAAAAUUUUGGAACUAGGUCUACCACCGGACACAAAGCCAUUUUCAACUCUUCUUAUGCUAGAUGUAGCUACUAUAGAAAAAUUCUCUAAAAAGCAAUGCCGAGACUUCACUAGAUAUAGAAAAGUAUAUUCAGUGAUGCGAGGAUCUAUUUACAUGCUUAUCAAUCCAGUCUUUUUGAAGUUCAUAACUUUAUUUCAUGUACGUAGAUGGAAAUCCAUUAUGAUGGCUUUAUGCAGUUGCUGUAACAUGCAAAGAUGCUUGGUGUUUCUUGUUCGUGUGCCAUUGUUUAUUAUUUAUAUCUUUUGGUGUAUAGUUGAGACCCUGUUACUGUAUAUAUUCUAUGGGUUUCCAAUUUUUCUCUUUAUUUUUUCUGUCGUGCGAGGAUAUGUUCGUUAUUUCAAGCAAUCAAACAGGAGGAUACCAGUAGUAUCCAGUAUGUGUGCGAUCAUACUAUUUCCUCUGUGUUGUCUUUUCUAUUUCUUUAUGCUUAUUAUCAUAAUUCUACAAUCCUUCACUAUCAUUGGCUAUUUUAUAUUUUUUCUUUAUUUGUCAUUGAUUGUUUUCCCAAGUCGUUCUUUCGGAUUUAUUUAUUUUGUCAUAAUGUUUAUUUUAUUUGUACAUACUGUUGUGAAAGAAUUUGAAAACGAGUAUCAAGCAUUACUAGAGUUGACAAUCAAAGCUUCGGAAAAACUUGUUAAAGUUAAAAUUGUUAAAGAAUUACUCGACGGCAAAGCUAAAAAUAACAGAGGAUGCUGUGCAACUGAAUGUUUGGCCUUGACAAACACAAUUCCGUUAGGAAUGUCUUAUGAAUCGUUGUCCAUUCAGUAUGGAUUUCAAAAUGGCGAGUAUAUGUUGUAUAAAGGACAGGUGCCCGGAGUCAGAAAAGAUUUGUUUGAAUACGUAAUUGACAAAUUUCGACCCGUACAUAUAGCAUUUUUCCAUAUUAUAAUUCAGAUUCUGUGUGUGCAGGUACUUGUCUUAGUCUCAAUUAUCUUUAUUUCAAGAUACAUUAAAAACUUUACAUCGGACGAGUCCAAUGAAGUCCUGAAUGUUAUGUCCGUUGUCGUCGUUACCAUGUUCCCAAAUCUUAUUCGUCUGCUUUUCGUGCGCUUGCACAAUAAAAAUGUCCGAAAAAGGAAAGUCAGACAGACGGUAAUGGACUUCUGGGAAAAGAAAAAGAAAUUUGCAAUAGAGAAUUAAACAUGCUUCUUACUAAGUAUAAUUCAAAUAAAUAUUUCAAACUUUUCCAAAUAGAAGAAUCGUUCGAAAGCCGAAUUUAUCUUACUUUUUUAAAAGUAUUUCUUACUGAGAUCCCUUAGAAGAUAAACUCACGAUUUAGUGUGUAGACAAGAAGGUCUAGGCCGUGACUGACUAAUAUAUAGACAAGGAAAUUCACCGAAUGAUACGGCGAGUUAGAAAGAUAUGUUUAUCAAAAUGUCAUGAUACAUUCGAACUUUAGUCUUUAUAUCUAUUAAGCUGUUUUACACUCAAAUUAAAAGAGGGAACUAGAAAUGGAACUAUAAACACGAAAAGAAAAUGGUUUAAAAAAAGAGGUACAAGAAUAUUAUAAGGUUUGUCCAUAUUUUGAUAAAACUAAAAGUUGAAAAUAGAAAUGCAACUAAUAUCAAAUAUGUAGGAAGAAGAAUUUUGUCUAAUGAAAAAGGAGAACAGAAAUUUAAGGUUUAAUCAUAUUUCCCUUAUGUGUUAUUCCGUAUAUGCAUUUCUUUACAUUCCUAUACCUCUAUUAAAAGUAAC